CCGGGACAUUCGUGAGAUAUUACAGUUAUGGCGGCGAUGUGUGUGUUAAAUGUAUUAUUAGACUUUCCACAAUAAUCCAUCCCUUUAUUUUCUAUUGUAUGCACAUAUUAUUUUGAAGCCGUAGGAGUAACUGUACAAUAACAUCGGGGAAACAUGCAGAAUGUAGUUCACAGUUCUAAAUGUGAUAGUACUAGAGAUAAAGAUAUAAACGAUUCUAUUAAAGACCAUUCAGGUUCUUCAUCACCUUUAACUGGAAAUACAAUUGUAGAAAGGGGACCAAGCCUUGCAUCCCUACAAUCCCAUUUUAUGGCCGAAAUAUCGGAAAGUGACGAUGAUGAAAUUUCUGAGGUUGAGUCUUUUAUUUUAGAACAGGAUGUUGAUGAAGAUACAGGAAUAGAUAGUUCUUCAAAAUUUCUUUUAGCUAAAUCUACAUCAGAAACUGUAUUUAAUGAAACAGCUUGUCGCUUAGAAGCUUUGUUAGAAGCUAGUAAUCAUUUACUUGAAGGCAGUCAUUUUGAUCCUUCUUGUUCAGCUGGUACAUCUUAUUCAGGUGAUGGUCUGUGUGAAAAGAAAUUUGAAAAAUGUUCUGAAAGGCUGUAUUGGGAAAAAAUCCGCCAAAGCUCUUUGGCUGAAGCUUGUACUCAUGGUGAUAUAAAUACAGUGAAAAAGCUUCUAGAAGAGGGUAGAAAUGUUAAUGAAGUCACUGAAGAUGGAGAGAGCUUGUUAUCCCUUGCAGCCUCUUCAGGUUACUUUGAACUUGCUCAGCUUUUGUUGGCUAUGAAAGCUAAUGUGGAAGAUAGAGGAUUGAAAGACAUGACUCCUCUUAUGGAAGCAGCAAAUGCUGGGAAUACCGAUAUAGUUAAGUUACUAAUUCAACAUGGGGCUGACGUGAAUGCUCAAACAUCUCAAGAGAAAAAAUUGAAAGGUGCAAAGGUAAAACAUGUAACGGUACAGGAGAUGGCUAUGAAACCACCCCCGCAGGAAAUACAUGGUCCUAUACCAUCUAUAGUAUGUCCAGAAGGUAAUACUCCACUUAUGUUUGCCUGUGCAGCUGGCCAUGUAGACAUUGUAAGGAUAUUGCUUGAUGCUGGUGCUAGAGUUGAAGAUCACAAUGAGAAUGGCCACACACCAUUAAUGGAAGCUGCAAGUGCUGGUCAUGUAGAAGUUGCCAAGCUGCUUGUAGAAAGAGGUGCCAGUAUUAAUACACACUCGAAUGAGUUCAAAGAAAGUGCUCUUACUUUGGCCUGCUACAAAGGACACUUAGAAAUGGUCAGGUUCCUUUUGGAAGCUGGUGCUGAUCGGGAGCAUAAGACAGAUGAAAUGCAUACUGCCUUGAUGGAGGCUUCUAUGGAUGGUCAUGUUGAAGUAGCUCGUUUGUUACUAGAUUCUGGUGCUCAGGUUAAUAUGCCAGCAGACAGUUUUGAGUCUCCUCUUACAUUAGCUGCUUGUGGAGGCCAUGUUGAGCUUGCUAUGCUUCUACUGGAUCGGGGUGCUAACAUUGAAGAAGUGAAUGAUGAGGGUUAUACUCCUUUGAUGGAAGCUGCCCGUGAAGGGCAUGAAGAGAUGGUGGCUCUUCUUCUCAGUCAAGGUGCUGACAUCAAUGCCCAGACUGAAGAGACUCAAGAAACAGCUUUAACAUUAGCUUGUUGUGGUGGUUUCUUGGAAGUUGCCGACUUUCUCAUUAAAGCAGGUGCUGAUAUUGAAUUGGGUGCUAGUACACCUCUGAUGGAAGCUGCACAAGAAGGCCAUUUAGAAUUGGUUCGUUACCUCAUUAAUGCAGGUGCUAAUGUAAAUGCUACAACAGCAACUGGAGACACUGCUUUAACGUAUGCUUGUGAAAAUGGUCAUACAGAUGUUGCUGAUCUUCUUUUACAAGCUUAUGCAAAGCUGGAGCAUGAAUCGGAAGGCGGAAGAACACCUCUUAUGAAAGCUGCCAGAGCUGGCCAUCUAUGUACUGUACAGUUUCUUAUUUCCAAAGGUGCAAAUGUAAACAAACAAACUACCAACAAUGAUCACACUCCUCUUUCACUUGCUUGUGCUGGUGGGCAUUUAGCUGUUGUUGAGCUUCUUUUGGCCAAUGGGGCUGAUCCAACACAUAAGUUGAAGGACAAUUCAACUAUGCUAAUAGAGGCUGCAAAAGGUGGGCAUACAGCUGUUGUCCAAAUGUUGUUAGACUAUCCAAGUAGUAUGCUUGCUUCUCCCCCUCCACCACCUGACCUUUCUCAAAUUCCAACAUCUGGUUUAGAAAAUAAUGAGGCUCCACGAGUUCCACCUCAUGGUCUACAAGUUUUCCAUCCUCCUGAAUCUGAAACAAAUUCAGUUUCUAGCAAUUCUUACCUAGCCAAUGUUCAAGCAGUUCCACGUAUUCAAGAUCUUCUUCGUGAAUCCUUACCAACAACACCACCUCAAGCUGUUCCUAAGCAGAAGACUGUUCAAAGAAGGAAUACUUUUGUUAAAAACAAUGAAGCCCCCUCCUCCUCAGUUUGUGAAAGUUCACAGAGGUAUCACUAUCGCAGCAAAAGCAAUGCUGCUGCACAAGCAAAUUCCUUGUCCAUUCAAGCUGAAACAAGCAAGUGCUUGAUGGAGAAUGAAUUAAGUGGAGGAGGGGGGACUAUUGAACCUGCCGGUGAAAAUGAAUUAAAACCUAGUGAACGACUUGAACAGUGCAUUAACAGUAUGAUGAAAAAAGCAGAGAUGUUGAAUCCUAGUCCUGAAGAGCAAAUUAUUCAAAAACAACAAAUUUUAGAAGAAUUGCAGAGGGUAGAAAGAGAAUUGCAAGAGAAAGCACAUGCUCAAAUUAUGUUUAAUGCACAGCAACAGCAGCAACCAAAUAUGGCUAUCAUUGCUGGACCCCCAGCUUUAACAGCUAUACCUUGUACCUCUGCAAAUUCAUUUACUAGCGUUCCCGGUGGACAACCUUCCCAACCCCUCCUGAUCAAUAGUGGUACUGUUUUAGACUUUGAAUCACUUUCCUCUCUAACUGAUAUUUCUUCUGUGUCAAGUCAGUUGGGCAUCCAUUUGAAUCCCUCGUCUAAUCCUGUUGUGACGCAUGCACAGCAAAUGAUUUACCAAAAUCGAUUAAAAACUCUACAAGAACAGCAACAGCAGCAGUCUACUGUAACUACUACUACAACCCUGGCUACUGAGUAUUGCAAAUCACGUGCUGGGAAGCCUAUUAAACAAGCUAAGUCUACUGUGAUGAAACAAGUGCCGCAACAGUUACCUUUUCAAAUGCAAACUGGUCAAUUGCAAAAUGAAAUUAAAAUUGAUCAGCAAAAUCAUCCUGAUAGUAUAGAGAAAAUAAAUUUGAGAAAUAUUGUUUUAAAUGAGCAACAACAACAACAUAAUAUUCAGUUAUUUCAACAAUCACCACAUUUAUUUCAACAAGCACAGCAACAGUUUGUACUUUCUGAAUUUUCUCAUAAUGUCAAUAUUAGAGGUUCAGAUUAUUGUAAAGGUGCUCUAGCAGGUAUCAUGCAUGCAAUGGGAGGCAUUAAGCUGACAACCGAUAGCACACAAACACCUACUAUGCCCAUAUAUGAUCCAGUGCAAGUUGGACAGGCACUGCUACAGCAGCAGCACAUGGUUCAGCAACAUCAGCAAUUAACUCAAGCGAUCCAACAGGAAACAAAGAGGCAACAGAAUCAUCAACAACAGCAGCAGCAACAGCCAAGUCAGCAACAACAUCAUUUUGAGAAGAAUGUUAAGCUUCUUAAAGGUAAAACUAAUAAAGUGCAACAAUCUCACCUCCAUGCUAAUCAACAACAGCCUUCUGUUACAACUUUGCAGCAAACUUCACAACCUCAACCAGUAUUAAAACAACAGUUAUCAUCAAGUUGUGGAGAAACUUGUACCCUGGUAGGAAACAUUCCAAUUGAUGGAACAGGGGUUUUAACGUUGAGUGGAAUGGCCACUGCACCCUUCCCUGUAUCAAUAGCAGUUACCCCUGUUACAUUGUCUUCUCCAGUAUCAAUCUCUGCAAGUUGUGGUGCCUCUUUUACUCAUAAUUUGUCUUUAGAUGAAGGUUUGAUGGUUGCUGCCCCAGCUAGAACUCUACAUGAAACACUUGGAGAAAUUGUGACUGCACCAACAACGCAGUUGGCUGGAACCCACAUGAAUUUAAUGCAACCUGGUAGUCAUUGUUCAGAUGCAUGUUUAAAUAUGGCAACCUCUAGUGGGAAAAGUCGUAUUUUAUCCAUGUCAUCUUUACCUGGAGUCAGUUCCGCUUCUUCUUCUUUACCUAUGACCUUCCAUACUCUAACGCCUUCCAUCACACCCUGUGUUCCUUUGCAAGUGUCUGCCAGUACAGAUUGUAUUUCUCAUCUACCACAUCUACAUACAACUGCUGCUCCUUCUACACCUGCUCCUCCAAUCUAUCCUCCGCUUGACCUUAAUUCCCAAACUGACAGUAAUCAUGAUACUGCUCUGACACUUGCUUGUGCUGGAGGACAUGAAGAACUUGUUACUCUCUUGUUAUCCAGAGGAGCUGAUAUAGAGCAUCGAGAUAAAAAAGGCUUUGCUCCCUUAAUGCUAGCAGCCACUGCUGGCCAUGCAGGAGUAGUGGAUAUACUUUUAAAUAAUGCGGCUGAUAUUGAGGCUCCUGCUGAGAGAACAAAAGAUACAGCUUUAUCACUGGCCUGUUCAGGAGGACGAUAUGAGGUUGUAGACAUUCUCUUAGCUCGAGGUGCAAAUAAAGAGCAUCGUAAUGUUUCAGAUUACACCCCAUUAAGUUUGGCAGCCUCUGGGGGAUAUGUUAACAUCAUAAAAUUGCUACUCAGUCAUGGUGCAGAAAUAAACUCUAGAACUGGAAGCAAACUUGGGAUAUCACCACUUAUGUUGGCAGCCAUGAAUGGUCAUGUUCAGGCAGUCAAGUUGCUAUUAGACAUGGGUAGUGAUAUUAAUGCUCAGAUAGAAACUAAUAGAAAUACUGCCCUCACAUUAGCCUGCUUUCAGGGUCGAAAUGAAGUUGUGAGUUUACUUCUGGAUCGAAAAGCAAAUGUAGAACAUAGAGCCAAAACUGGAUUAACGCCUUUAAUGGAAGCUGCAUCUGGAGGUUAUGUUGAAGUUGGUAAAGUGCUUUUAGAUAAAGGAGCUGAUGUCAAUGCUCCACCCGUGCCUUCUUCCAGAGAUACUGCUUUGACUAUAGCUGCAGAUAAAGGCCAUUAUCGAUUUGUCCAACUAUUAUUAGAAAGAAAUGCAACUGUGGAAGUUAAAAACAAGAAAGGAAAUUCACCAUUAUGGUUGGCUGCUAAUGGUGGGCAUUUAGAAGUAGUACAGUUAUUAUAUUCACACAAUGCUGAUAUUGAUAGUCAAGAUAAUAGAAAGGUUUCAUGUUUGAUGGCUGCAUUUAGAAAAGGGCAUGUGAAGGUUGUGAAAUGGAUGGUUAAACAUGUCAAUCAAUUUCCUUCCGAUCAAGAUUUGGUUCGUUUUAUGAGUACUCUCUCUGAUAAGGAAAUGAUCAAAAAGUGUAAUCAGUGUGCAGAUGCCAUAAGAAUUGCCAAAGAAAGACAAGCUGCAGAAGCUAAUAAAAAUGCCAACAUUUUAUUAGAGGAACUAGAUCUGGAAAAGAGUAGGGAAGAGAACCGCAAGGCAGCCGCUGCUCGUCGACGAGAACGGAAACGGAAAAAAAAGAGAGAGAAACAAGAGCAGGUACGGGCUGCAAAAGCUGCUGAAGAACAAAAGAAGUGCGAGAAGGGCGAUAGCAUGCAAAAUAACAAGCAGUCGAGUCAUUUAAGUGAUCAGUCAGAUGUAGAGGAAGAAGACGAAGAAGAAGAGGAGGAGGAGGAGGAAGAAGAAGAAGAAGAAAAAAUUGAAGAUGCCAAUGAACCAAAUUCAAGGUUGCCUUCUGCUAACAAUAGUCCAAGUAAAAGUAAAUCAUCAUCUUCUGUUGUUACUUCCCUUUCUGAAGCCAAGACAAAGGAAAUUAAUAUUUCUGAACAGGAAGAGGUUUCAAAUUCAAGCAAUUCAAAGUCAAACUGUGAAGUUUCUUCUCGUUUAGAUAAAAGAAGAGAGAGGGAGAAAAGCAAAACUCAGGAAAAGAAUAAGCGAAACCUGGUGAAUAAGCCAACAACUUUGGAAUCAAGUAGGAGCUCAAACGAAGUUGUGGUGGCUGAAAAACAUGCCCUCAGUGUUUCAGAAUCAGUGCCUGUGAUAAAUAUGAAUAGCUGCAAUAGAAAUAAAAAACGAAAUCAAAAGCCUGAUAGUGUAAAUUGCACUCCUUUUGUUACUACUUCCUCAGCAACUAGUGUCAAAACUACUACAACAGUCACUACGUGUAAUGUUCCUCACACUAUAACUGUAGAUUCAAAGUCACAAAAUAUUAAUCACAAGCAUUACAAAACGAAAGAUGCACUUGUAAAUGGGAUUAGUGGGAGUUCUGAAGGUAUGAGAGAAACAUACGAAGAUAUCUGUGCUGCUUUGCAUCAAAGACUGAAAGUCAGGACCUCUGGUGAUAAAUUAAGCCUGGAUGCCCUAGAUGAUUUAGAGCUUCCAACAGAUGUUGCGAUUUCAUCAAGCCUUAGAAGUCCUUCAUCUUCAAGUUUAUCCCACUGUUUAAAAUCCUCUAUAGCAAAUAGUGCUUCACCCAAAAAAUGGCCAAAGCGAGAUGAAGGAUGGAAGGAAGUAGUUAGGAGCAAAUUAUUUAAUAGAUCAAAAAAAGUAUCUGUUCCUGCUAAUGCCAUCAGUAGAGUCAUAGGUCGUGGUGGUAUGAAUAUUAAUGCCAUCCGAGAAGCUUCUGGAGCCCAUAUUGAAGUUGAAAAACAAAAGGGCCAGGGUGAUAGAACUGUGAUUAUCAGAGGGUCAGCUGAAUCAACUCGUAUCGCUCAGCAGUUAAUUACAGCCUUGAUCAAAGAACCUGAAAAGGAUCUAUCUGAAAUCCUCUCUAGACAUGGUAUAAGUCGAGCAACAAAUUCUUCAACUUUUUCAGAAAGUUUUAGAAGUUCUAAUAUUGCUAUUCCUUCUCUUCCAUGUUCCCCACAGGUUUCUUCAAGUAGUCAAAACAAAAGUAUAACACGACAACAAAUUGUGACUAAAACUUCUGGAAUUGCUACUAUAUCUGUAACCAAAACUACUUCCAUUCCACCUCCUAGUUUACCAGCCAGUGCCACUCCUCCAUUUACAAGUCAAAUUCGUUCUGUGGUGUCCAAUACUCAAAAUAUAAGACCUGGAAUUCCUGUUUGCUCCUCCACAACACCUCCUUUUUUAAGCAAUGGACAAAAUGCAUGGACUGGGGUUGUGUUAUCAGGGAAAAUGCCUGCCACUAUGCCGCGACCUUCCAUGCCUAUCUGUACAUCAUCACCGUCUCUUAAUGCCACUUCUGUAGCAACAAGAGUAGUUGUCACAACAGCCAUCGAAAAAUCUCCCUCAAACCGACAACUAUUUAGUCAAGAGAAAAAGAAUGCUGCACAACCUGGUACAACAACAUCUACUAAAACUACCGUCUCUUAUACAAUGGCUGUUAUUACCCAGGGUAAAGCUAAAACAGUCUCAACCAAUAUAGUUUCUGUUGCAACUAAAGUAACUACAAUGUCAGACACAAAAGUUUCUACAAUAGCUCCAUUAUCUAUAGAAAGAGCGGGUAGUGCUCCACCUUCGUCCUCUGUAGUUCAUACUCAAAUGUCUUUGGGGCACAAUACUUGCUCUGGACCUUCACCUGUUCAACCGUUUUCAAGUAAUCAGUCUCCAAAAUUAUCAAAUAAUUCACUAAUAACUCAGCAGGGAACAACUGUUGUCCAAACACGUAUUCAUGUUACUCAAGCCCCGGUGACUAAGCCUUUUAUUAAUUCUGUAGUCUCUACAAGUCAAGUUACUGCUACUACAACAAAUCCACCUUCAACAUCGCCUUCAGGGACACUUAUAGUAACAUCUGGACAGUCUUCUGUCCCACUAGAAUAUUUACCUUUCAAUAGUCUAUUUGCUUCUAAAGUUCCUGGACCAAUAUGGCCUCUAACAAAGGAAAAAGAAGCAUCUAAACCAAAUUUUGCCAGUGUGGCUGCAUCCGGUGUAACUUCUGUAGCUUCACAAAUACAAAAUUCUAACCCAGUGCAAAGUACUCUAACUCUUUCUCUUCCUCAAAAUUCAGAGAGUGAUUUAAUUGUUGAUGCAGCAAAAGCUCCUGGUUAUAGAGGUAAUCUUCACAUUUCACCCAGUGCCUGUUCUAACUCCUCAGCUUCAUCUAAUCCUCAGGUAGGAAUUUCUCAUAGCUCUAAUUUUGGUCCCAUUGGUAGUGGACCUCGUAGUGCACCUUGCACCCCGCCAUUAGGCCCAAUAGGGCCUCCGUCCUCUGUUUCUUCCAGUACACGGCUGUCUACACCUCCAGCUCCUUCGAGUCCACCUUCAACAGGUCCUCAUCUUUCGCGCUCACUUCCAGAAUCACAAAGUGCAACUCUAAAUGAGUUACCGCGAUCUUUAGCUUGUGCAGCACUUCCUUCUCAUUUGCCUUCUCAAUUAUCUGAAACUUUAUACCAUCAAGGAAUAGGAAUGUCUUCCCAUCUAAAUCGCCUGCAGUCGUACCCCAUGGCGUCAACAUUAGCAAGUCCUGGAGGGACAAAUACAACUUUCAGCCAGAAUACGCCUUUGUCAUCUGUUGGUAAUCUCUUACCGGAAGGAACCAGUAAUGGAAAUAUGCAGGUUGUGCAGAGUAAUUUAAAUCCAAAUGCACCUGACUUUUCUAGUCGAGCUUCUUUGUUGAUGGCUCAGCAUGGUCCUCCUAUGCAUCACAUGGCACGGAUGCCUUCUGGUCCAAAUAAUUUUCAAGACAAUGCUGUUCCUCAUCAUUUGGCUGCACCAUUCAGACCCAUCCUUGCUUCCGGUGGCGGCAUCAAUCCUGGAUAUCCUCUUCAUGCCAUGGCCAAUGUUCAGGCCCAAGCAGCAAUGAACAGAUUUAAUUUUCAUAUGGCAAACCAUCAGCAACAAACAGACUUUAAUCCUAAUAAUACAACGGGGACAAUUGGCUCUGUUAGUGGUUUGUCCCAAGAAGCAGACACAAUGCCUUUAUUAAGUAUGGUGUCUGGCUACCAUCCUCCAACACCUCUUGUUCCUGGUUCUGGAAAUAUUCCACACUAUCAAGGAAUUCAGACUAUGAUGGGUAUCAGGCCUAAUCAACGAUCAUCCAGUACCACACCAUCAGUUGGAACCUCUUCUAAAGAUGAGGGAUCACCGAUGGCACCCAUGUCUCCCAGUGCUUCACCUCAAGGAAGCAAUUUAUCUUCUCCUACUGGUAUGAACAUGCAAGAGAAUCCAAACCCUGCUGGCACCAUUGGUGAAGAUCGCAAAUUGUUACCAAGGCCGAUUGGUAUGGAGCGAGCUCAGAAAAAAAAUCCUACGUUUGGAGGUGUGUCAGAUGGUGGGAUCUGGUCCUUUAACUCAUCAGGCAGAUCUGAAAUUCCAGCAGACUGGAUUCAUAAUAUGCAAAAUCCUAUUCAGCCUAUGCAACAAGAAGAGACAGGAAUCCCACCGUCUUUACACAAUUUCAGUGAAAAUCGGUUUCCUGAUAUGAUAUCUUUAGAAAACCAUCAUCAGACUGAUCAGCACUUUCAGCCUGUUCCCAGUGGUAGCUUUCCAUUUAUGAAUGGACUGCAUCCUCAAAUGAUGACGCCUCAUAUCUAUCAAAAUAAUGCUGCUGUUGGACCUGGACAGGUUGAUGGUCAUAUAGAAAUGUGGAAUAUGCAUCAAAAAGUGCCACUUUCUUCCGGUAGUGGUGAUGGCUUACCACAAAAUUUAGAACACAAAAUGGGAUGGCAAAGUUGGAGUCCCCAUCAGGUCUGAUGUUGUAAUUUCCUUUUCUCCUUCCUUCCUUAUCACUUGAAAAUCUUGCCCUGUAGAAAGAAUAUACAAGCCAUGGCUUCUAUACUUUUGCUCUAAAAGAAGAGGUUUGCAGCUGCUUUUGGAACUUUGUAUCCAGAGAACUCUACAUUAUCUGUUUUAGUAACUAUGCAAACAAAUACUGGUGGUUAGAGGAUUAUUGUAAUAAUUAUUUCGCUGCGAUUGGGUGACGUGUAUACAGAAAGAAACUUAAUUACAAAUUAUUGACUUCAGGAUUUUCAAUUUAUUGGAAGUCUGGAAAAAAAAUCAUGCACUGUGAGAAUGUAAUUGCAAGAUGGAUUGUAUGGAAAAUUCAUGUAUAAGUAAAAGUUUCCUACCUGCAAAUUGUGUUUAUUUUCUUUGUAAUAAAAAAUUAUGUGCACUGUGCUCAUUUUAGAACAAUGG